AUGGCUAAGGGCCUGCGGCAAAUAUCAGAGAGUCUCAACUCAGUAGAUCUCGUUGUUGAAGUUAGGGAUGCUCGUAUACCUUUGUCUUCGAUUAAUCCCAACUUUGAAAAAGUAGUUGGUAAAAAGCAACGCCUUAUAGUAUACAACAAAUUCGAUUUAUGUGAUCCAUCCACAAAAAGCCCUAUUCUUAAUGCUUUCAAAAAACAUGCUCCUGCCACACCUGUUGUUUUUACAAGUUGCCUAACAGACAAUAAUAUGAAAUCCAUCCUUAAGCACGCAGCACAUAUGGCCGAUCCUAUUCCACAAGUAACGUUAAUGGUAGUAGGCAUGCCUAACGUUGGUAAAUCUUCUUUAAUCAAUGCGUUACGAAGAGUAGGUGUGGGGAAAGGAAAGGCUGCUGCCACAGGAGCCCAGCCAGGCAUCACGCGGAAGGUAGCAAAUACAGCUAUCAAGGUGCUUGAAAACCCCACGGUAUACUUAAUGGAUACACCGGGUGUAAUGGUGCCGCAUAUUGCAGAUCCUGUACGAAGCCUUAAAGUUGCGGUAACGGGUGGUAUCCGUGAUCAUCUAUCGGAUGAACAGAUCAUGGCUGACUACUUACUCUAUCGGUUAAAUCUAUUUGGUGCUUAUGAUUAUGCUACCUGGUUCAGAUUACCGCAAGAACAGCCUACAAAUGAUGUGCAUGAGUUAUUGGAGGGUGUGGCGAAACGAGUAGGCGCAAUAUCUAAAGGUGGUGUGCUGGAUCACACUUUGGCAGCAAAAUUCUUUUUAAAACAUUAUCGAACUGGCAAAUUAGGGCGGUUUACACUGGAUGACGUGAGUCCACAAGCACUAGACCAGUUCUUUGAAAAGCAGCAAAUGUUUAAUACAUCUGGCCAGGCAGGUGAUCUGAGCCGUCGACAAGAGAAAAAACUCGCUAAAUUGGAACAGAGGAAAAAAGCAAGGAUAUCCAAUGCGAUGGAAAAUUAG